AUGGAUAUCGUUCAGUCUUCGCGCGCCUACUUUGCCAUGCCGUCGCCCACGCCUGAGGAGAAGAUCACUCUGCAAGCCUCCAACACAGUCUACACCUACCACUGCCUCUGCAGCCACCUCCUCCUCGCAACAACCACACCUCUGCCCGCCCUUCCCACACGGCAGAAUUCGCAAGACAAGGCACACAUCAUGCCCCUCCCACCCGCGCCCUCUUCAUCAAACAAGUCCGAAUCGAACAGCCACUACGGCCUCCUCCUCUCCAUGCGCCAAGAGCGCACCGCCGAGAUCAUGACCAGCGACGACGGCUUCGAAAAGCGGUAUCUCCAGCGGUGCGGGCGCUGCAACCUCGCCGUGGGCUACCAGCUGGACUGGGCGCAGUUCGGGAGCGACCGCACGGGGCGCCGCGAUGACGUCGUGUUCCUGAUUCCCGGUGGCUUCAUGACGACGUCCGAGAUGAUCAACUACAAGAAGAGCACAAGCGCUGCGGCGAAUGGUGCU